CAUGGUGCAAAUGUGAAUGCUCGAAACGAUUGGAAUGAAAGUGCUCUUCACGUUGCUGUUCAAGCUCAUUCCCUGGAAAUCGUUAAAUAUUUAGUCGAACAUGAUGCUGAUGUAAAUUGUAAAAAUUUACUGAACGAGUCUGCUCUUCAUUAUGCUGCGAUCAUUGGUUCAUUGGAAAUUGUUGAGUAUUUAGUAGGGCACGGUGCUGAGGUAAGAAGUGGGGAUCAUUGUGGCGAAAACACGGUUCUGUUUCUGGCUUGUAAACAGGGAAAUGGCUUAAUUGUAGACUAUCUUCUCCAACAUGGAGCUGUACACGACAUACAUAAGUGCGAUGUUAGAUUGCGUUCUCCUUUAAGAAUAGCAUGCGAGAAAGGUGACACAUGCGUAGCUGAAAUAUUACUGAAGUUCAACGUCGACUUACGAAAAGAGCAAAAAUUGUUUUAUGACAAUGAUGAGAUCAUGGAUAUUCUUGAGCUUGAGUUAGAGUCCAUUAAGCGUCGGGAGCAUGCGAAAAUUUCUAAAGAAACAGAUGAUGCACAGGUAAUAGUUGAUUCCCAUUUCGAAAUUGUGUUAUAGUAA